AUGCCUCCCCCUCUGUCUCUAGCCCGUCUUCUCUCCCCACUCCUCCUGGGAGCCCGCAACGCCAACGCCUAUGGCUUCAUGCGCGGCGGGAGUCUCUAUCCUAGGAGGACGGCUCUUGUCGCCUGCUUUAGCGCAUCCCCCACCAUCGCGCUGAAGAAGCAUGAGAUGCCACCCCGGCCCAAACCACCUCCAGACUCCGAAAUAGAAGAGUCGUACCUUAAAGGCAGCGGGCCGGGUGGUCAAAAGAUUAACAAGACAAGCUCUGCCGUACAGCUCAAACACAUCCCUACUGGUAUCGUUGUCAAGUCCCAAGCCACCCGCUCCCGGUCUCAAAACCGCAAGAUCGCCCGCGAGGUCUUGGCCCAGAAACUCGACGACCUACGCAACGGAGAUCAAAGCCGUUCGGCCAUUGUUGGCGAAGAGAAACGUAAAAAGGCGGCCAGCGCCGCGAAGAAGAGCAAAAGGAAAUACCGCAAGUUAGAGGAAGAGAAUGCAGGCAAAGCGGGCAGUGAAAAUGACAGCGGAGCGGUAGAAGCAGAGGUAGAAAUAGCUCACCAGUCUGCGGAAGAACAGACCACAAACACCCCUAACACAGACGCCAAACCGUAG